UCACAGAGAAUUCUUAUCAAAGAACAUUUCCAUCAAGUUGACUCAGGAGUUCACACCUCUCUUAGGUCAUGAGAGCUCAUAGUGGGGGGAAACCCUAUGAAUGUAAUGAAUGUGGGAAAGGCUUUAUGAAGCUUUCAUCUCUUAUUCAUUAUCAGAGAAAUCAUAGUAGAGAGAAAGCCUAUGAAUGUGGGAAGUCUUUCCAGCAGAGACUCCACCUCAUAUUACACCAGAGAAUUCACACUGGUGAGAAAUCUUAUGAAUGUGAUAUAUGUGGAAAAUCAUUUAGCCAAAAUUCUCACAUUAAUGUACACCAGAAAACUCAUACUGGAGAGAAACACUAUAAAUGUGAAAAAUGUGGAAAAUCCUUCAGUGGAAAGUCUAAUCUUAAUGUGCAUAAGAGAACACAUACUGGACAAAAACUUUACAAAUGUGGCAAAGCCUUUAGUGAUUGCUCAUCAUAUCUACAAUGUGAAAGGAUGCAUACUGGACAGAAAUUACAAAUGUAG